AUGUCGUCGCCGAUGGAAUUUUCAUGUCUCGGUUAUGCUCUACGCAACUGGACCGACUUUGCAUUCACUUUUUUGCCCGAAGACAAUACCGGCCGAUGGCGAGCACCGCUUGCCGUUCCAUUUUUCCCCUCGCUCGUCAACUUAUUCUCGGUAUUCCUCUUACCAGAGUCGCCUCACUGGCUGGUCUGGGUUAGUCGGAUUGAGGAAGCAUUUGCCAACCUCGCUGCAUACAAGGGCACGACUGCGGGCGACGAGAUGAUCAAGACCGAAAUUGCCGGCAUCGAGCUUUCUCUCGAAGCAACCGCAAAGUCAAAGAGUGUGGCCAAGGAAAAAUUUUCCAAGGACGACGAGGAGCAUCUUUUGUAUCGCUUCAGUCUGUGUAUUGUCUUGCAGUUCUUCCAGCAAAUGUGUGGCGGCAACCCCAUUUCAGUCAUGCUGGCUGCCUGUGCAUUGACCAGGAAAUUCCUCUGCUCGUUUAUCGCUUUCUUCGCGAUCGAUCGCCUCGGCCGACGUGCGGUGUUCAUGAUCAGCGGGACUAGCAUGUGUAUUUGCAUGCUCGCGUUGGCGGUGACAAACAGUUUUGGGUCUGAUAAUAAGCAUGCUACAAUCGCUUCGGCAAUCUUCAUCUUCGUGUUCAACUGCUUCUAUCCCAUUGGCUUCCUGGGCGGCAAUUUCCUAUAUUGUACUGAGGUUGCACCCGUCAAGCUGCGAGUGGCCGUGGACAUGUCCUCUGUCUCAACCGCCAACCACUGGCUGUGGAAUUUUGUCGUGGUGAUGAUUACUCCGGUCGCCUUGGACACAAUCGGGUAUCAGUAUUAG